UUGAGAAUGAAGUGCCUGAUUGUGUUCUUUGCAAUUGUCGUUGUCCUGGCUUCCCAGGCCACAGCCGGAAAUGUGAUUAUCGGCGGAGUAUGCCGGGAUUGCAGUCCGCCGGUGGCGGACAACUUGGUGGUCGGUGGCCAAACCUACAGGACGGGCAGGCCGGGCCAGGGAACAGUCUAUAUUAAUUCCCCUGGCGCUUAUCCAGGAGCUCUGGGCGCUACAUUCCGGCGACCUGCAGCUGGCGACGGACGAGGCGGUGGCAUCCAGUAUCCGGAUGGCUUUAGUGGUCGCCUGCCUGGUGGCACUUACCUUCACAAUAAGGAUUGCGUGGGCUGCAGCAUCAACGUGGGCGGGGAUUAAUCCAAUUAUACCGUGCUUAGAACAUAAAAUAC